GUUGUGCCUGCCGGUGUGAAAUUGAAAGGUGAUCCUGCUUGACGAUAAUAAUAUGCAGUUUGUUGUUGUUUGUUGCAGAGUUUUUGAAAUUGUCAAAAUUUUAGUUGUGCGCAGUGGUACUACGAGUAUAUCGUCGGUUGUCUGAUUCUUCCGUAGGUGGGUUUCAACAAUUGCAUAAUUGGAAUUGCGUUUUAUUUGACUUUUCCGCUCGAUCCAGAGCGGCCUCGCGUCGCUGCGUAUUCGCUCGCCAUUACCACAAUCGCAAACAUUGCUUUAAGCUUCGAAAUAUCGAGAUUUCGUGCGUACCAAGAUUGAUGCAAGCGUAGAUAUAUAUUUUCAAGCGCGAUUACGUAAUUUCGUUAAUCUGUAGAAGCGCGCGAGUGUAAAUUGCAUUAACCUUAAUAUUCGACGCUUCUUUGCCCAAUCCCUGAAAGUCUCAACAACUAGUUUCGAGUAUAAUUACUAGCAAGAUAGUUUGGCACCCGAGGAGAGUUUAGUCUUUUUGGGCAUUGCGAUGAUAGCGCCUGCUGAUGCGGAAUCUAAAUUGUCGGACUAACGCACGGGUUAUCGGGCGCAACAACUACUCACUGCAUGGCUCGGUUAAGUGGACUAAAUGUGUAAUGCGACCUUAAAUUAAUCUAAUUCUUUGCAUUUAUACUCCCUCUAUUUUGUCUGAUUUGUCUAACGGUUUGAGGUUGUUUCUUCGCAUUAUUUGCCAUCGACUUGCGCGCUCCUGUGGCGUUUGAAGUGCGGGCAGGCGAGUGUUUAAUCGACGGGUGCGAUGCUAGGACAAACAUCCUUUAAGUGACCGGGCUAAGUUCAUCUUGUGUGCAUUUUGUUAAACAUUCAUUUCUCGCAAUAAAUAAAUCAAGUUAUGACUACAUAUGCAUCGUGUCUGCUAUGCAUCGGCAUGUUUGCUUGUGCCAGCUCCUACGUCUACGAAGACGAUGAGAAGCAUCCGACAUAUUUGACUGCCGCCGUUGGGGAUUAUACGAUAAUGAACUGUGAUUUGGAUUUUCCACAAAGCAUUCCAAUUCCGUUCAUUUUAAAUUGGAAUAAAGACGGCAAAACAGUAUUUUCGUGGUAUGAUGGAAAACUAACCGCUGCUGAUCCGUAUGUUGGUCGCAUGCAUUUAUUGGAUGAGACGCACACAACACGAUUUGGUGGUGCCUCCAUCAAUUUAACAUCCGUUCGAGAGUCAGACAGUGGAUGGUUUGAAUGCAAAGUAUUGUUUCCUAAUCGUAUGCCCAAUUCCCGUAACAAUGGCACUUGGUUUUACUUAACUGUAAAUGGAGGAAACCUAUUGGCAAUUCCGCCGAUCAAUCAGACCACAUUGGAAAACGAAGAAGCACAUUUUUCAUGUGUUACAAAAUACAAAGAUACUGUUGUUACUUGGUACAAGGAUGGGUUGCCGCUGUCAAGCAUUCCAGACAUCUUGCAACGUUCCUGGGUUAGCGAGGAGGGAUCUUUGACAAUCCGACCUGCUGAGAUGGGCGACAGCGGCGAGUAUCAAUGCGAAGCUGUGCGCUCCGAUGGAGAACAAACUGCCAAAGCAAACUUAAAUGUUCAAUAUAAAGCCAAAGUAAUAUAUGCACCGCGAGAAGUUCAUUUGCCUUAUGGUCGUUCAGCCGUGUUGGAUUGUCACUUCCGAGCAAAUCCACCAUUAACAAAUUUACGAUGGGAGAAAGAUGGCUUCCUUUUUGAUCCCUACAAUGUUCAAGGUGUGUUUUACAGACGCAAUGGGAGCUUGUACUUCAACAAAGUAGAUGAAUCUCACAAUGGUCACUACACAUGCACACCAUACAACGAUUUGGGUACAGAUGGCGCUUCGCCAAGUGUUCAUGUCAUUGUACAACGCCCGCCUGUAUUUGUAAUCGCUCCGAAUAAUAUGUAUCUGACUAAAUUGGGAGAAUCAUUGGAGAUGCCUUGCGAUGCUCGUGACAGUGACACUGAUCACAGACCGUUUGUACACUGGUACAAGAAAGAUGGGUCGUCUUUGCCAGUUGGCAGAUUUUCAGUUCGGGACGGGAAUUUGACAAUCACCAAUAUUCAAGAAGAUGAUCGUGGGGUUUAUCGAUGCACCGCAACGAAUGAAGCAGCCACAAUUAGUACGGAUACAGAAGUAAUUGUGGAAAAUGUGCCUCCACGAGCACCGUAUAAUUUAACAGCAGAGGCGACAUCUAACUCUGUUAACCUCAAAUGGGUAGCAGGGCGGAAACGUCCUAACCUCGAAUAUAACGUAUGGUAUCGACCUGUUCACACUAGUGAAUGGCGGACGUUGAAAAUUCCAGGCAAAUUGGUUUUGGAAGCCACCAUAGGCAGUUUAACUUCAGGUACCGAAUACGAAUUUAUGGUACUAAGCAAAGACGAAGAAGGUGAUGGAUUAUUCAGUAAAACAAUCCGCGUGUGGACGAAAGGAUCCACAAGCGAUCCAGGCCCAGUGGGAAUGAACACGUUCGCAAGCAUAGGAAGUCCACGAGAUGUACGUGUGCAUGAAACCAGUAAUGGUUUCUUAGUCACUUGGGACCCGCCCGAAUAUGGCGUCGACGAAUUAAGAUCGUAUGUUGUACAAUGGUUCAAAGGUCCCGAAGAAUAUUUGCAUGGAUCCGGUGAAACGACAAAUACAUCAUUUUUAGUGAUGAAUUUGGAAGAUGGAUACGAAUAUCAUUUUCAAGUGUUUGCAAUAAGUCACAGCGAUUAUCAAAGUGCGUCCGAUAAAGUUGCAAUUCACGCAGCAUCCGGAAGUGCUACAACAAUAUCACUAAUAAUAUUCAUUAUUAUAUUAUUGGUUUGUGGAGCUGCUGCCGGUGGGUAUUACGCUAAGAAACGUUACUGGAAACGGAUUGAAGAAGACGAGGAAAAAGUUUCAACGAAAUAAAUUGCGGUACAAAUACAUACAAUACAUAAAUCUGAUUUCACUUUUUAACUCCUUAGAAUUAGUACAUUUCCACACAGAAUUAUAUAUAAAAAUUGAGUUUCUGCUCGUUUAAGUGUACAUUUUUAGCAAUAACAACCAAUUAAGGAAUUAUAUGUGUGUAGCAUACGUAAAUGUAAAAUAAACGUAGGUAAAUAAAAAAAUCUCAAACGUGUA